AAAAAAAAAGGCAAGGUCCCACUCUGCACUAGCGCCUUUCACGAAAGAGACAGAAUCUAAACUCCCGCCGAAAGAUCACCACGCUUUCAACCUCCGCCCGCCGCCCAACGACAACACCAAGACCAGCAAUCAUGUCUACUCAGUCAGUGCAGUGUUUUGGUAAAAAGAAGACCGCCACCGCCGUUGCUCACUGCAAGGCUGGCCGCGGUCUUAUCAAGGUCAAUGGACGACCUCUCUCGCUCGUCCAGCCCGAGAUCUUGCGCUUCAAGGUCUACGAGCCUCUUCUCGUUGUUGGCCUUGACAAGUUCGCCAACGUGGACAUUCGCUGCCGGGUCUCAGGGGGUGGCCAUACAUCUCAAAUCUAUGCCAUCCGACAGGCCAUCGCCAAGUCCCUGAUCGCCUACUACCAGAAGUUUGUCGAUGAGCACUCCAAGAACCUCCUCAAGCAGGCUCUCGUCCAGUUCGACCGAACCCUCCUCGUUGCCGACAACCGCCGAUGCGAGCCCAAGAAGUUCGGUGGUAAGGGUGCCCGCUCUCGCUUCCAGAAGUCUUACCGUUAAACGGUUCAAGAUGUUUGUCGGAAUGGGGCAAAAAAGCGUCGAGCCGGAGUGUUGGUGCAGUGGAGGAUACUACGGGCAGUGCGAAAAAGGGACUGGAGUCACAAUUUCCCUGGUUUGGGGAUGGGUUUCCCAUUAGCAUUUGCAUGGUCUUGCUUUUGGCGGAUUGUAAAGGAUCUGGCAGGCAAAUGAAAUCUUCAAAGUUAACGACGCGGCCCAUGCUGCCUGCUACGCACUGUGAUGUUAAUGAAUUGCCUCGUUGCUGGACUCGCUCCGAUACU